GAGAGAUUCACAGAGAAAAACCAACAAUGGCGAGGAAAGCGAACUCUACUGCUUGUUGCUUGGGGUCUAUGGAUGAUAUCAGAAAGGUUUUUAACAAGUUUGACAAGAAUGGAGACGGAAAGAUUUCCGGCGACGAGUUGCGAGAAAUCCUCCUUGCGCUCGGCUCGGGAGCCACCGUUGAGGAGGUGGCUCGAAUGAUGCGAGAGUUGGACAAAGACGGCGAUGGCUACAUCGAUCUCGACGAGUUCACCGCCGAGUUUCAGCGAGCCGAAGUGGCCGCCGGAGAGGACGGCGCUGAUCAGUCUGUGGCGAGCAAUAAGGAACUUAAGGAUGCGUUCGACCUGUAUGAUAUCGACGGUAACGGACUGAUCUCUGCUAGCGAGCUUCACUCCGUUCUGAAAAAGCUCGGCGAGAGUUGUAGCCUUCGCGACUGCAAAAAGAUGAUCAGCCAGGUCGACAAAGACGGAGACGGUCAUGUAAACUUUGAGGAGUUCAAGAAGAUGAUGAGCAACAGUCCGUGAUUGGCUCCAUUACACGGGAAAAUCAAACAUAAUAAGGAUUGUGUGUGAAUCUUUUCAGUUCCAGUGUGAAAUUAUAUCGCUCACCAGAUUUUCUUGCCCGAGAAAAUCUCCCAUUACGCUUGCGGUUCAGCUCGAUUUAUGCACGAUUCUUCUCUGAUUUUCCUCUUCUACCGUCGACUUCGGGAUGCUAGCUCCGCAUAGUCGGAUCCUUCUCCAAUCGCGUGCUUCCGCCACUACAUGUUGCUCUCCAACGAUUUUGUAUCGAACACACACACGCUCUCUCUCUACAGAAAAAGAUGAACAGUCGAAGAGCUUAUUUUGUAUUUAAGGCCAAUUAAAAACCCCCUUAAACACAGUAAUUUGUACAGACAAUGUGGAUCUGGUACUAAGCCCACAAACUGGCAAUACAGAAUUGUGAAACCCAUUUUCCAGCCCAUAGAUUUUCGUACAUUCAAACCCAUUUUACAAGCCCACAUUUUACAGGCCCAGGAUCAAAUAUGAUACCAUUUUUAUGCAACUGCCGGUUGAGUCACACCACAAAGAAAUUAAAAAAAGUUACAGUAAUUUCUUUAAUUUAAUCUCAAAUCUUAAACCCAAAUCUCCCAACUCUUUUUGCUUGUUUAUUUUGCUUGUUUUUUAGAUUUCUUGGAUGCGGUAUCAUAUAAAAAUAUAUACCAAAA